AUGAGCUUGGGCCUGGAACACCUUUACCAACGCCUGCCAUUCAGUGGAGACCAUGGUCAAAUGGUGGUGGUGGUUCCUGCUGCCAUUGCCACUGUUGGCGCCAGCAGCAUCUGCUUGGCAGUCCGAAAUGCAGACAAAAAGAGACAUGACUUUAAUGAGUCGGACUGGAAAGUCAGCGGCUUGCCAUGGCCAGCCUUCUUUGUUCGAUGCAUCAAUGUCAUACCAGGAUUUGCCUCCUUCAUACUUCCUAUUCUGAAGUACUUGGUGAUUCAACCUGCCCUCCGAAAGAGCAUUGCUACAAUGGAAGAAGCGGAUCGUCAGAACCUUGUGCCCAAGAUUUUAUGCAACCAAACGGCACGCAAGGAAAUUCAAGAACGAUUGGAUCACUUCUAUGAGGAUACAUACAAAAGUCUUACUUUGACACAGUUUGCAAAGGUCAUUAGUUACAGUAAUGCUUUUUUCUGCCUGGAAAAUCAUGCGGGGUUACUGAAGUUGGCAAUGUGUCCUGAAGUCCAGCAAGAACAGGUUGACAAACCUGUGUUCAUUGCAUCAUUUGCCCGAACUGGAACUACCAUCUUGCACCGGACAAUGUCACUGGACCGAGACCAAUGGCGUAACUUUGAUUUUGGUGACAUGUUCUGCCCUCUUCCUCAACCAGCAGCCCGGUGGGAUACCGCCAAUGGGCGUCCAAAGAAAGCUAAAAUGACCAAGGCAAUCAUAGAUAUUGCCCUUGUCUAUUUCUACCCUGGUUGGAUGAAGUGUUUGGAAACCAUGCAUGGGAUACGACCCAAUGAAGCCGAUGAGGAUUUGUUAUGGUACAGUUGUGCCAUGGGACAUCCCUACAUGGAGACACUCAUUCGACUGUACCCAGAAGCAAGACAAUACCCAGAAGGAAUGUCCCCAUUGGAAAGCAAACAAAUGGCCAAGUACAAGUAUACAUGGAUCAAAAUGAUGAUGCAGUUGCAUCAAUGUAUUGACAAGUCCACAUGGCCAGACAGCAACAAUAUGCCCUGUCCAGAUCACCCUUGGCUGUUGAAGGACCCCAACCAUACGGCCUAUCUACCAGAACUGCUUGAAGUGUUCCCGGAUGCUAGACUGAUCUUUACUCACCGCCCACCAGCAGAGAUUGUCCCCUCAAUGGCAAAAACCUGGGUUCUUGUUGUGUUGCCGGAAUUUGUCCCUGGCAAUCCAGGCUCAUCAUCUGCCGAAAUUGGAGCUGAAGUGGUGACAAGAGCAAAGCAUUAUGCCGAUGGUAUUGUCAGCUUUACCCAGGCACAAUCCACAGGUAGUUCACUGGCCUUUUGUGCUGCUGCCAAGUCAAAGGAAGAGAUGAUGAGAAACACCACGGACUGCGAGAAACGCCAGCGAAUUGACUUUUGGUUUGGUGAUGUUGUCGCAGAUAUUCCUGGAACCAUUGAGAAGGUCUAUGCUCACUUCUUGGGUAUCCAGCCAUCUGAAAAAGCCAAAAAGAUAUUUGUCCAAUACUUGGAAGUCAACGAACGAGCCAAGCUUGGAAAUCAACGUAGAUCUCUGGAAGAUUUUGGGUUGACCAAAGAGGGCAUGGACCAGGUUUUUCAGAGCUAUAAUGAGAUGUUUCUGAACAGGGGCUUGUAUGGAUAG